AUGGCUGGCAUAACUACUGCCAAUAUUAAACCAGUAAAAACACUUAAAUAUCUUGGCGUGAUUUUUGACCCUCGGUUGAGCUGGAUGCCACAUCUCGAGCAGUUAAAGUCCGAUGUCGACAUCUUUUACAACAAAAUAAAACAGUUCAGUAGAGCCACCUGGGGCUUGUCCCCAAACAUUCUUAAGCAAAUUUAUCUCCGAGCUAUUGAAAAAAAAAUCACUUACGGAGCCUCUGUAUGGUAUAAAAAUAACGUGAAAAUUAAUAAGAAGCUGAACUCCAUACAGCGCAUCCCCCUUCUAAAUAUCACCAAAUGCUACUCCACCACCAGCAUAGAGAAACAUCGGUGGACGCGAGAUAAGCAAAUCAUUUUCGAUAGAGACUUCCAAAUCAGAGAACUAGAUGCCUUACCGAUAUAUACCCCAGUACACCAUAAUCCCUUGGAUCUCAAGAUGAUAGAAAGGGGCUACAGCUCACCGAGGGGUGUGGGUUAUAAAAUCUAUACUGACGGCAGUAGAAGACAAAUAACAAAUUCGGAUACAGGGUUCACCGAGGAUAGAGUGGGAUGUGGUUUCUUGGUGAAGCUUAAUAACAACACCAUUUAUCAACACUGUGCUAGACUUAAUAACGAUGCAAGUGUAUACCCCGCCGAACUCACUGCCAUCAAACUUGCAAUCACAUGGGCAAACGCUGAAAAUAUUAAUGCAUUUAAUUUAUUCUCUGAUUCUAAAUCCUCGCUGCAGUCGCUAGAAAACCCAAAUUCGAAUGACCCACUUGUGGAAGAAAUUAAGAACACGGUCAAAUAUAAAACAUGCUGUCUCAACUGGGUAAAGGCACAUUCUGGGGACAUUGGCAACGAGGAAGCUGAUGCACUUGCCAAACAAGGCACUCUUCUUGGCGGGGUUGAUCACUAUUAUCCUCUUUCAAACCCACAAAUCAAUUACAGACUGAGGCAGGUAAGCAACGCAAUCUGGCAGGACAGGUGGUCAACCACUACAAAUGGGAGACAUACCUAUAUCUUCUACCCAAUGGUCAAGGAGAAUAGACUCUCCAGCGAUUUCUUUCUUAAUCAAUUUCUCACGGGUCACGGAGUUUUCGGCGAGCAUCAAGCUAGGCUAUUCCAAGCUACAGCCAGCUGUAAAUACUGUGGAAAAUAUCAAUCUCUUAAACACCUAAUCGCCGAAUGUGACAAAUUCCGGACACUCCGAGGAAAUCUCUUUCGUAAUAUGAACGACUUGACUCUUUGGUUCCGAUCUAAAGCACAAAAAUAUGCUAUCACUGAGAUUAUUAAACGUACCCUGGUAGAUAUAAUGACACCAGACGAUCUCAUGGACCCUCUUCAUAUGAAUCAAAUUUAGAUAUUU